AUGGUCUUCUUGGCUGGUUAUGCGGUUGCCAGCGCCUACGGGCUUCCCGACACCGGUUACAUUGCCAUGUCGGAAAUGUGCGACAAGAUUGGAGAGACUGUGCGUCAGGUCUCUGUGCCAGUAAUGGCUGAUGGUGAUACUGGCUACGGAAGUCCGCUGAACGUCAGGCGAACAGUCGAGAGCUUUGCUGAGGCUGGGGCUGCCGGCGUGAUGAUUGAAGACCAGACUUGGCCUAAGCGUUGCGGCCAUACGAAGGGCAAGUCCGUUGUGUCACGAGGCGAGGCGUACGCUCGAAUUCAGGCGGCAUGUGAUGCCCGUGAUCAGGGCAAAGAUAUUUUCGUUCUUGCCCGAACCGAUGCUUUAGUCGUUGGAUGGGAUGAGGCAUUGACGCGAGCUAAAGAGUUCAAGAGAAUUGGAGUCGAUGCCGUCUUCGUCGAGGCCCUACCCGACCGAGACGCUAUGCGCAGAUGCAAGAUCUCUAAUGUGAAGCAGUAA